UUCCACUUUUCUGAGGAUUUUGAGUUAGGCAGCCUUUUAUUUCUUCAACACACUGGAGCAAACCUGCACUUAAAUCUGUCCCUCACUGUCAGUCCCUUAACUCUGGGAAGCUUCUUGACUUUCAGAAAAUUGUCAAAGUCGGUACCGUAUCAGAGGUACACCUCAACAGAUGCUGUCUCUCAAGGCAGUUAAGAUCAAACUUUAAAAACAAACAUUUGUUUACUCUUUGAAGGUUUGUGUUCCCAUUUGCCAUAUCUAGCCUUACUAACAUAAACCUCUUUCUUUUCUUUUGCCUGUGACCAAAGGUUCCUCUUCAAGAUGAAGUUCUUACUAGCGGUUUUCUUUUUCAUCUCAUUCUCCUUAUGGGUUGAAGAGGUCUAUUCCAAAGAGAAGUCUUCAAAGAAAGGAAAGGGGAAAAAGAAGCAAUAUCUAUGUCCAUCCCAGCAAUCAGCUGAAGACCUUGCAAGAGUACCUGUUAAUUCUACCAGCAAUAUCUUGAAUAGGUUAUUGCUCAGUUAUGAUCCCAGGAUAAGGCCUAAUUUCAAAGGAAUUCCAGUUGAUGUUGCAGUCAACAUCUUCAUUAACAGCUUUGGGUCAAUUCAAGAGACAACUAUGGAUUACAGAGUCAACAUAUUUCUAAGACAGAAGUGGAAUGACCCCAGACUCAAACUGCCCAAUGACUGGAGAGGUUCAGAUACACUGACAGUGGACCCAACUAUGUUUAAAUGUCUUUGGAAGCCAGACUUAUUCUUUGCAAAUGAAAAAAAUGCUAACUUCCAUGACGUCACACAAGAAAAUAUUCUUCUUUUUAUAUUUCGGGAUGGAGAUGUCCUAGUCAGCAUGAGACUGUCUAUUACUCUGUCAUGCCCUUUGGACUUGACCUUGUUUCCUAUGGAUACACAGCGCUGCAAGAUGCAAUUGGAAAGCUUUGGCUACACAACUGAUGACUUACGGUUUAUCUGGCAGUCUGGAGAUCCUGUACAGCUAGAGAAAAUUGCUCUGCCUCAGUUUGAUAUUAAAAAGGAAGAUAUCGAAUAUGGUAACUGUACCAAGUAUUAUAAAGGCACAGGUUAUUACACUUGUGUAGAAGUAAUCUUCACUUUAAGAAGACAAGUUGGAUUUUACAUGAUGGGUGUUUAUGCUCCUACACUGCUAAUUGUUGUUCUAUCCUGGCUGUCAUUUUGGAUCAAUCCUGAUGCAAGUGCUGCAAGAGUCCCACUGGGUAUUUUCUCAGUGCUCAGCUUGGCAUCUGAAUGUACCACUCUUGCUGCUGAACUUCCCAAAGUGUCUUACGUGAAGGCCUUAGAUGUCUGGCUGAUUGUUUGCCUUCUCUUUGGGUUUGCAUCCCUGGUGGAGUAUGCGGUGGUUCAGGUAAUGCUAAACAAUCCAAAGAGAAUUGAAGCUGAAAAAGCAAAGAUUGCCAGGGCAGAGCAAGCGGAAGGGAAGGGUGGAAAUGCUGCCAAGAAGAACACUGUGAAUGGCACAGGGACUCCUGUCCACAUCAGCACCUUACAGGUUGGUGAGACCAGAUGCAAAAAAGUUUGCACUUCGAAAUCUGAUCUGAGAUCCAAUGAUUUCAGCAUUGUUGGAAGCUUGCCAAGGGAUUUUGAAUUAUCGAAUUAUGACUGUUAUGGGAAGCCCAUUGAAGUCAACAAUGGGCUCGGGAAAUCUCAAGCCAAGAACAACAAGAAGCCUCCUCCUCCCAAGCCUGUCAUUCCAUCAGCAGCAAAGAGAAUUGAUCUUUAUGCAAGAGCACUGUUCCCUUUUUGCUUCUUGUUCUUCAAUGUCAUAUACUGGUCCAUAUAUUUAUGAUAAAUAUUUUAUUUCUUUUUUUUCAUAUGUAUAAAAUAUAUCCCAUUUCAUUACCCCUUCCCAGUCAUGAAGGCCACUGUGUGAAAUUAUUUGCAUUUGCAAAGCAAUAUGUUGCAUUUCGAUGCCAUGCGAUUGUACUGAACAUAUGGCAUCUGAAAUCUGAAUGAACGCAUGACACUGCAAUGUCUGUGCUCUGACCAACGUUGUAUAUAAAUGUACAGCAUACAUCCUGCUUUAGGAAUAUAUAUGAAGGACAAUGCAUACUACAUUAUAAAGCUGAAUGAUGCUUUUCAGUUAUUAGUAACAUACAGAGAUUUAAAGUGUUUCUGACGAUGAAACUGAUGUGCACGUUGAGUAUUAUUAAAAUCAGUAUUCUAGUAUAUGUAGUAUUUAACAGCUUUUCUGCUGACUUCCAGAGAAAUAAUUAAAAAAAAAAAAAUCAUUCUUGUGUAAUUUUAGAUGGCACUGUUGAAGAAAAAGCUAAGAUGUAAUUCAUAUUAUUUAGACUUUCUAAGUGAAGGCAGCAUUGAAUAAGCUGGUUUUGUCUAUGUGGAAAAAUAAAGAUCAGAGAAUUACCAAUUUUGUAAAAUCAGCUCAUUUAGAAAAAAAAUGCAACAAUUGUAUCCAUCAAGCAGGCACACUUAAGUGUGUGAGAAUAUGCUGACAGUAAAACAUUGGGCCAAAUUUUGACUGUUGUUUGCUUAGGCACAAACUAGAUACAAUAUGUCAAAAACAAAAACAUGCCACUUUCUAGACUAAAUGUAUCAGGAGGUUUGGAGAAACAUCACAAGAUGCAGUUCAAUAUCAGGUUCUGUUAUACUUUUUUACAUUACUCUUCUCCUCUGGCCCAUCUUCUCUAGUAUCUGGCAAGCCUGCAGUGUAUAAGUCACAAUUUUUUUGUUGUUGCAUCGGAUGCAUCUUACUCGAUUUUUUUUUGUUUGUCCCCUUGAAAGCUUUCAGUU